GUUUCUACGACGUCAACUUCUUGCCGCGGAAACAGUUGCGCAGGACAUUGCGCCACGAAUCCACAAGAUCCUGAAGCAGAGUAAGUGUAAGGGCCUCAACGAAUUCGUUGCGCGCUACAUGAAUGCCAACACUGCAGACGCCGACGAUACUACCACAAGUGUUUCAACAUCGUGGAAAUCCUAUGCGGAUGAAGAUGAUGAUGA